UAAAUUGUAAAUUAUUCCCACCGAUUUUUGUUUUUUGGCGGCCCUAUCGGGCCAAUCACCAUCUACCAUCGGCCCUCCCCUUUUUAUUCCGUUCUGCGUCCUCUCUCGAUUCAAUUUAACGCCGCAGCUCGUCUCCCUCGAGACUAGAGCGAGCUUCCAUCACUACCCCCUUAUUUUCUCUCUCGUUUCCCCUGUAAUAAAUUCGAUUCAGUCCCUGUAACGGAAUUCUGCAGUUGUUCAGAGAAAUUCAUCUCUUUCAUAGGCUUUUUCUUCAGUUUUCUCGCGUUUUAUGUACACCAAGCAGCUCUGUAAAUUUAUGCUACAGGGCUUGUUUUCCUUUUCCGAUUCGUUCAGAGCUUUCUUUGUGGUUCUUCUUUUGGUUGUAUGCAUUAUUGGUUUUGAUUAGCUUCGAUGGCGAUUAGGGAUUGCGAUGUAACAAUAAAGAAAGAGUCGGAAUGAGGAAAAACAGUUAGGAAUUUUAUUUUUUAAUUUUGGCGGGGGAUAGUUUUUUUUUUUUUUGGUUAUGUUAAUGGAAAUGGAGAGUAUGCGUAGAUCGCUCGACAGAUCAAGAGAACCGGGACUGAAGAAGCCCCGAUUAGCUGAGGACCAAUCGAACCCUAGCGGUGGCCGGCCUUUCGUUCAGAGGCAGCCACCUGCGCCCGCGAGGUACAGGUCUGCUGCCGGCGGCGAUAGAGACUCGGAGGGUAACGACAGGGGAGGCGGUGCGUACCAUCCUCAGCCGGUGCAGCAGUGCUCGGAGCUGGUCAAUCAGUACAAGACUGCUAUAGCAGAGCUGACUUUCAACUCCAAGCCGAUUAUUACUAAUUUGACUAUAAUUGCUGGGGAGAAUGUCCUCACCGCGAAGGCCAUUUCUGCAACUGUCUGCAAUAACAUUAUUGAGGUCCCCAGUGACCAGAAGCUGCCAUCACUUUAUCUUUUAGAUAGCAUUGUCAAAAAUAUUGGGAGAGACUACAUAAAGUACUUUGCAGCGAGAUUACCAGAGGUGUUCUGUAAGGCAUAUAGUCAGGUUGAUCCUCCUAUUCAAUCCAGCAUGCGGCAUCUUUUUGGAACUUGGAAAGGUGUCUUCCCUCUCCAGACGCUGAAGAUGAUUGAGAAGGAACUUGGAUUUUCUUCAGCAGUGAAUGGAUCAUCAUCUUCCUCUGUGACAUCAAGGGCCGAUGCACUAUCACAACGGCCACAACAUAGCAUUCAUGUGAAUCCAAAAUACUUGGAAAGGCAGCGCCUUCAGCAGUCAGGCAGGGCACCAAUUGCAGAUUCACCUGAGGAUAUUGAAAGUCCAGAGAGAACUUCUGGUAUCGUAGGUUCAAGCCCAUGGACAAAUUCUGCUGUUAAAAUCCAUCGAAGCCAGAUAACACCACAGAGUGAUCCCAUUGAAGAGAAGAACAUAGGUCCAUUAUAUGGAGACUUGGAUUAUGGCACAGAUUCUCCAAGGAACUCAAUCUUGGGAUCUGGGCGCUUAGGUGCAAGGGCUGCUGAACAGUCACAGCCCAAACCUUGGUAUGGAGCUUCAAGUGGCGUUUCUCAGAAGUUAACUGAUCCAAGAAAAGCUUUCCGAAUGAAGCAUGGUGUGCCAGAGCAUUUGAUCCCCAAAUCAACCAAAGCUGUGCAUUUACAGCCAACAGACAGCAUUGCCCGUAAAAGGGGCAACAGCAUUUCGACAAGCUGGAAAAACUCCGAGGAAGAGGAGUUCAUGUGGGAUAUGCAUUCCAGAUUGCCUGAUCAGGAUGUAACAACCAUCUCUGAUAUCUCAAGGAAGGAUACUUGGACUCCCAGUGACCCUCAGAAUUUGGGUUUUGAAAAUCGUGUGAGAAGACCUCAACUUGGGCAUGAUGUUGGGUUUCAGUUUGACACAGAGUCAUCCUCAGAUUCAUUAUCUACCGAACAGAGAGAACUUGGGAACCGUUUGAGCUCGCCAUGGGGUCUGCAAGAAUCAACAUCAAUGGACGAGCUUAUGUUUUCUAGUUCCAACACUAAUCCCAGUUAUGCAGACGGCAAUUUAACUACCCAUGGUGGGUUGCCUUCCAGGACAAGUUCUGUAUCCAGGAUUGUAGCAGGACCUAGUUCUGGCUCCUCUCAUGCCAGAGCCUCAGGAUUAGGGGUUAUUUCAAAUGUAGCAUUCAUCCCUACUAAUGGAGCCAUAGGCCAAAAGAGACUUUCUUCCAUUGGGACUUCGUCACCAUCUCAGCAAUCACUACUCCAUCAAGCCUCACCAAGUUCCUCCUUUCCAUCUCACUAUCCUCCUAGUAGGCAAUUGCCAAGUGCAACUGAACAUGACUACUCCCAGAUCUUGCCGCCAUCCCACCAAAAGGUGCAUCAAUUUUCAACAAAUUUGAGCCCUCAAAGUGUUCAGUUGGGAAAUGUGAACAGGUUCCAGUCUGAAGAAUUGUCUGUACCUUCUGGUUCCCUUCAGAAGCAAAACCCACCUCUCGAAUGGAAUACUGGGGCUCCAUCGACAUCAGGAAGCUCCGAAUCAGACCAAUCCAUUCAACGUACUACAGAAACCUCAGGUCAACAGAGCACAAGUAGUUUAUUAGCAGCAGUUAUGAAGAGUGGAAUUCUGGCAAACAUCACAGCUGCUGGCGUGGCUAAGAAGAGCUUGCAAAGUAGUGGGCAAAUUGUAUCAAAGCCAGUUACUAAACCUCCUCUUCCGAAUGUGACCCCUCCUGCACAAGUCGUAUCUGCUUUGCCUAUGUCUACUUCUUCUAAGUCGGGUAGCUCAAGUGUCUCUCAUAAGAAGGAUAAGCAGCAACAGUUGCCACAAGGUGCUCCUCCUUUAAUGCAGACUUCAAAGGUGGGAGAUAAGGUCUCAAAUCCAAUUUCAAACCUUUUGAGCUCUUUACUUGUGAAAGGUCUAAUAAAGUCAGAGACUUCCCCGUCAGCAACUUCUCAGAUGAACACUGUUGAGCCAGAGAGCCAGAAGAAAAGUACCAUAGCUCCUAAACCCGCCCCAGUUUCUUCUGUGUCAGAGUCUGCUCCCACGGCGGAUGAAGAAUCUCUUAAGAAAACUGAUGCGAAAAGCCCUAUUGAUUUGCCUGUUAAGCCUACCCCGGUGAUUCCGAAGGCAAAAGAUAAUGUCAGUUUGCUUUGGUCUAUAUCAGUGGAAACUGAGAGUCUCAUAGGAUUGAAGUUUAAGUCGGAUGUAAUCCGAGAUUUUCAUCCAGCUGUCAUCGAUUCCCUUUUCAGUGACCUUCCUCACCAAUGUGAUGUAUGUGGUCUCCGGCUUAAACAGAAAGAGGGGUUUGACAAGCAUUUGGAGUGGCACAGUGAAACGAAGAUUGGUCCUGAUGAUAAGAGAAAGAGAUGGUAUGCUCAAAUAGGGCAUUGGAUUUCUCCAAAUGCAAGUGUUCCUUCUGAAGCAGUAGAUUCAUCUCCUGAGGAUGGUCCAGAUUGUGAAAUGGUGGAUAGAGAUGACGACCUAAUGGCUCUUGCGGAUGAAGACCAGUGUGUAUGCGUCUUAUGCGGUGAGCUGUUUGAAGAUUAUUAUAGUCCUGCAGGUAAUCGGUGGAUGUUUAGAGGAGCUGUGCACAUGACACCAGUUCCUCCAGGUAAUGAUGAACAAGGAAAUGGUCCCUUAGUCCAUGUGCAUUGUCGCUCAGAAGGUUCAGCCAGCGAGUUGGGUCUUCUUAAUAGCGUGAAAAUGGUAAGUCUAAGAUGUGUAUUUUAUCGAUAUUCUCUUCUCUUGCUGGGAGGAAAUAUUGGGAGUGAAAUUCCUGUUCUUGGUAGUUAUAUUUCUAUGGAAUGAGGUGGUUAUGAGCUGCUAUUCUAUUUAUCUUGUUGAUUGUCUCGCUAGUGGUGGUUCUGUGUAGGCUAAAUUUCUUAUUGAUGCUGUAUCUUGUAUUGGUAUUUUCUUCUGUGUUAGGAAUAGAGCCCUGGCAUGGGAAGAUUGAUGAAGUCUCUUCUUUGUUUUUCCAGGAAAUCGAUUCAUAAUUGCAAGGUGGAGAAGGGGUGUGUUUUCUACCGCCAAUCCAUCACUAGCAGCUUUGCUUGGAGAAAUGAGAAAUCAGAAAUGCAGGUGUCUCAUCACUUGCAAAAGUUUUGCAAAAAGAAGAAAAAAAAAGCCAUGUAUGCCUCUUGCUAGUUUAGCCUUUGCUCCAAAUAUUGGUGUCGACGAAUAGCCUUCGUUUUUCUUCGUCCUGUGUUUUUCCCCCCUUCUUCCCUCCCAUAGUAGAAAUGAAAUUAUAAAGCCACC